GGCUCCAGCACCGACCGUUGAACAGCUGCGAGACGAUUCGCCAUGGGUCGUGUCCGAACGAAGACUGUGAAGAAGGCCGCACGGGUGAUUGUGGAGAAGUACUAUGGCAAGUUGACCUUGGAUUUCCAGAUCAACAAGAAGAUCACCGAGGAGGUGGCCACGAUCCCUUCGAAGCGGCUGCGGAAUAAGAUCGCUGGCUUCACGACACACCUCAUGAAGCGCAUCCAGAAGGGUCCCGUGCGUGGCAUCUCGCUGAAGCUCCAAGAGGAGGAGCGCGAGAGGAGGAUGGAGUUCGUGCCCGAGCGUUCGGAGGUGAACACGGAGUACAUCCAGGUAGACCCUGACACCCGGGACAUGUUGAAGGAGAUGGAGAUGGACAAACUGCCCAACAUCAGCAUCUCCAACGUCACCCUCUCAGGCCAGAUGCGUUUGAUGCAGCUCUGUUGUCUCCUCCCCAAGCACUUGGCAACCGCACCGCGCUUUAGGGAGAUGACUUUCCUGUCCCAGAUGUCAAAAAUUGGGGGCAGGGAGUCAGUCUUAGGGAGAGAGCCUGAGUGCAGACUGAUGGCAAUAGUAGGGAAUUGCAGACGCAGUGGGAUUUCCUUCAUCCCUGUGAUGAAGUCGGGUCACAGCAUCAGUCUCGCCACUAACACCUUCCAUGUACGACUUAUAGAAAGAGGUUUGAAGCCUCUGCAACGUCACAAAGUGCUUGGCUUCAGUCACGGAGUUUCCAGUUUACAUCGGAUCACCUCUUCCAAAUCACUCCGAACAGUAAUUUUAGAUGCCUUUUUCCGCUUCAUUCCACUUCAUCUUCCGGCUUUUCUUCGGGCCUUGCCUCCGUCCGCACCGCCCAGGACGGCCUUAGGUCUCCCGUCUCGGACGAACAACACGGUCGGUGGCGUGCGGUGAGAAAGAAACCGCACCAGAGCGCUGCACAGUGAGUGGAUGGAAAGAAUCUGGGAGAUGAUCAACUAGCCUAGUUGAGGCAGAAAGAGAUGGGCGCCACUGUUUCGUGGUCCGGGGAAAAGUGAGCACGGUGAAAGACUGCUCA